AGCUAGCGAACGAAACCUGUCGACUUUUUAACAAUGAGUGGAAUGCAAACCACAAAUGUGGGUGCAAAUCCCAAUUCCCCGAUCCCAAUGGAGACCAUCGUCAUCGCAUCCGCACCACCGCCAGAGCCCAGAAAACCAGCUGUUAUCGUUAAUCGCAGUGGAUACUUUUCCCGAAUCAAUAGGCAAAAUAUUACGCCCUAUGCAGUUUUCUUCCUUUUUAUCUAUGGCGGCAUGGAUUUUGCCGCCAGUUUGGGCUGGAAUGAGACCUACAGCGUCCUCCUGUUCACGGAGUACUCGUACUGUUGGUUCAUAGGAGUCGUUAUUGGAGCUCUGGCCGCUGCUCUCACCAUGACUUUCCUGCCCAAGCAGGUCUACUAUGUCUUUGGAGGACUAAUGCAGCUUACUGGCUCCAUAAUAUUCACAGCUGCUCCCGAGGACUACGCAGCCUGUUUGGCUGCCCGCUAUUUGGCCGGCUUGGGCAUUGGCCUCAUCACGGUGCCCUUCCUGAUCCACAACGCCGAGGUGGCUCCCAGAAACUUUAGAGCAGUCAGUGGCGCCACAGAGCAGUGCGGCCUGUCCUUGGGCAUUGUCGUUCAAGUGGUCUUCACCACGGAAUGGGCUUCGAUAGUGGGAUCCACACCCAACCUGGUACACGGCAUCAUUGGGAUCGUAAUCUCUCUGAUUGGUCUGGCGAUGACAGGCCUGGCGGUGGAGUCACCCAUCUUCUACCUGCGUCGAAACCAGGAGACUUUGGCGCGGAGGAGCCAGGAGAAGCUACUUGGUCACGCCCCGGGUGGCGUGAAUGCGGCUCUGGAGGAGGCCAGGAAGUAUGUGGCGGAGAGCGAUAGUCGGAGCCUGGGCGAGGAUCUGGUGGCCUCCGUGAUGCCCUUCCUGAAGAUGCUCUUCUUCCGCUGCUUUGUCGCCUUCUCCUUCUCCCUGCCGCUCACCAUAUCGAUCAUCAGCAGCACCGCAGUGGCGGAGCGAUCCCUCAGCGCUUGGCCAAUGUACCUGUUUGGAGUGCUCCGUUCGAUCUCCGUCAUGGUGGCCCUGUGCUGCGUGGACUCAUUCGGUCGCAAGGCUGUCUCACUGGUGGGCCUGCUCGUUAUGGCCGGAAUGAGUCUGGGCCUGGCGGGGAUCUAUGCCGAUUUGGCCAACAUAAGCAGCGGUUACUACAUGACCCAGGCCACUAAUAUCGCUCUGGCCUUCCAGGCUUUCGCCGGAUUCUUCAUCUGCAGCUCAUCCGCUUACAUGGGCGAGGCCUUUCCCCUGCGACUCAAGUCGGCUUGCGUAGGAUUUAUCGUCAUCAUGGAGCAGAUCAUCCACGUCAUCGUAAUCGCCUGCGUCAGUCCUGUGCCCAGCCAGCAUUUCCUUUUCCAGUACUUUUUGGCCACAGGCAUUAUCAUGCUGGUGGGAGUGAUUUUCUUUGCCGUCUCCAUGCCGGAAACAAAGAAAAUGACACUCCGACAGGCUAACCACCGUUUCCAGGGGUGGUACGACAUAAAGAUCUAUUAG